GAAGGCAGCGCUAGCUGAGUUAACGCUAAGCUGACGUGUCGCACCUCUUGCUCCGGAAGAUUUUAUUUCAAUUUGCCUACGCGGUCGAGAAGCGGCUCCAUUCGCUCCCAUUCAUUCUGCUCCGCGGACCCGGAAAGGUUUUGACUAGAACAGUCACUUACUUCAGAGUCCCAGCUCCCUUACCUGGUCACCCCUUAACGACGCUAUAUCUCAAACCGGUGGACAUGGCAUCUGUUUCGACACAAGCUCAGACAGCCCCUGCUGCGACUGCUCCUCUGCAAAGAGGAAUUGUGAAAAUGGUUUUGUCGGGCUGUGCCAUAAUUGUUCGGGGCCAGCCUCGAGGUGGCCCACCCCCAGAGCGUCAGAUCAAUCUCAGUAAUAUCCGAGCAGGGGCCAUGGCCCGCCGAGCCGCUCAGGCCCAGCCCGACACCAAGGACACCCCUGAUGAGCCAUGGGCCUUUCAAGCCAGAGAGUUCCUGCGGAAGAAGCUAAUCGGCAAAGAAGUGUGCUUCACUGUGGAAAUCAAGACUGCUUUGGGCAGGGAGUAUGGCAUGGUCUACCUGGGGAAAGACACAACAGGCGAGAACAUUGCUGAGUCUUUGGUGAACGAGGGCCUCGCCACAGUCCGCAGGGAAGGAAUCAGAGGAAACAAUCCAGAGCAGGCCAGACUCUGCGAAUUGGAGGACCAGGCAAAGUCUUCCAAGAAGGGCUUGUGGAGUGAGGGUGGCGGCACACACACCAUCCGCGACAUCAAAUACACCAUAGAGAAUCCCCGUAACUUCGUCGACUCCUUGCACCAGAAACCUAUCAAUGCCAUCAUCGAGCACGUGCGUGACGGCAGUGUAGUUCGUGCCUUGCUGCUCCCCGACUACUACCUGGUCACUGUCAUGCUGUCUGGAAUUAAGUGUCCCACAUUCAAACGAGAAGCUGAUGGUACAGAGACACCAGAGGCAUUCGCAGCAGAAGCCAAAUUCUUCACUGAAUCCCGUCUUCUUCAGAGAGACGUUCAGAUCAUCCUGGAGAGUUGUCCCAACCAAGUCAUACUGGGCACCAUCCUUCACCCGAAUGGUAAUAUUACAGAACUUCUGCUGAAGGAAGGCUUUGCCCGCUGUGUGGACUGGUCCAUGGCUGUUUACACCCAGGGAGCUGAGAAACUCAGAGCUGCUGAACGAUCUGCUAAAGAGCGCAAGGUCCGCAUCUGGAAGGACUAUGUGGCACCCACAGCUAACUUGGACCAGAAGGACAGACAAUUUGUAGCCAAGGUGAUGCAGGUGGUCAAUGCUGAUGCCAUGGUGGUCAAGCUCAACUCUGGAGAAUACAAGACCAUCCACCUGUCCAGCAUUCGCCCCCCCAGGAUUGAAGGAGAGGAAAAGAACAAGGAUAAAGACAAACGUUUCCGUCCGCUCUAUGACAUCCCCUACAUGUUUGAGGCCCGUGAGUUCCUGAGGAAGAAGCUCAUUGGUAAAAAGGUCAAUGUGACAGUGGACUACAUCAGAGCAGCUACCGGUCCAGGAGAAAGUACCCCUGCCUUCGCAGAGCGCACCUGUGCUACUGUCACAAUUGGCGGCAUUAACAUAGCAGAGGCUCUGGUCAGUAAGGGCCUUGCCACGGUCAUCAGAUACAGACAGGAUGAUGACCAACGCUCCUCCCACUACGACGAGCUGCUUGCCGCAGAGGCACGGGCCAUCAAAAACGGGAAAGGCCUACACAGCAAGAAGGAGGUUCCCAUCCACAGAGUGGCUGAUAUCUCUGGGGAGACACAGAAAGCCAAGCAGUUCCUGCCCUUCCUGCAGAGGGCUGGCCGGUCAGAAGCUGUGGUAGAAUACGUCUUCAGCGGCUCCCGUCUCAAGCUGUACAUGCCAAAAGAAACCUGCCUCAUCACAUUCCUCCUUGCUGGUAUCGAAUGUCCACGCAGUUCCAGGAAUAUGCCAGGGGGCAUGCAGGUGGCUGAACCCUUCAGUGAUGAGGCCAUGCUGUUCACCAAAGAGCUUGUGCUGCAAAGGGAGGUGGAAGUUGAAGUGGAGAGCAUGGACAAAGCAGGGAACUUCAUUGGCUGGCUGCACAUUGAGGGUGUGAACCUGUCAGUGGCGCUGGUAGAAAAUGCUCUGUCCAAGGUCCACUUUACAGCAGAGCGCAGUGCCUACUACAAAACCCUGGUCUCAGCAGAGGAUGCAUGCCGACAGAGGAAAGAAAAGAUCUGGGCCAACUAUGAGGAGAAACCAGUUGAGGAGGUUGUGCAUCUGUCAGAGGAGAAGGAACGCGUUGCCAACUACAGACCAGUAUACGUCACCGAAAUCACUGACACCCUGCACUUCUACACCCAGGACGUAGAGACAGGAGGCCAGCUGGAAAGUCUGAUGGAGACCAUGAGAGCAGAGAUUGCUGCCCAGCCACCCGUGGAAGGAUCUUACGCCGCGCGCCGAGGGGACUACUGCAUAGCCAAGUUCGCUGAUGGUGAAUGGUACAGAGCCAGAGUGGAGAAAGUUGAGUCACCGGCAAAGGUUCAUGUAUUCUACAUUGACUAUGGCAAUAGAGAAGUUGUAUCGUCCACCCGUCUGGCUGCCAUGCCCCCUGCCUUCAGCACCAGGACCCUGCCAGUACAGGCCACCGAGUAUGCCUUCGCCUUCAUCCAGGUCCCGCAGGACGAGGAUGCCCGUGCAGACGUGGUGGACUGCGUGGUGCGGGACAUCCAGAAUAGCCAGUGCCUGUUGAACGUGGAGUACUCGGGUGCCACCUGCCCACACGUCACAAUACAGUUUGGGGACACCAAGGAUGACGUGGGCCUUGGCCUGGUCAAAGAGGGUUGGGUCAUGGUGGACGUCCGCAAGGAAAAGCACCUGCAGAAGAUGGUGACAGAGUACCUGAACAGUCAAGAAUCUGCCAAGAGUGCCAGGCUCAACAUUUGGCGCUACGGAGACUUCCGUGCUGACGAUGCUGAUGAGUUUGGUUACAGCCGUUAAAAAAAAAAUAGAGAAAAGAAAUGAAAAAAUAAAACCGACCA